CGUUCGCACUGCGACGCCGACUCCAUAAAUUUCAAGAUGCUGCCAUCAUUCAGCGAGUGACUCAAACAAUUAACAUUAAUCCGUCAUUUAAAUAAUCCAGCCCCUGAGAAUUUCCAGUGCAGUUUCCAUUACCUUCCAUGAAUUUUUCGAGGAUGUAGAUAAGGACGGGGAUAACGAAGGUGCAGAGAAGAUCUUGUCUUAUAGCUGUUGCGGGGGAGUGAACGUUGCCUGAAGAGAAUGAGUACUUUAUUCCUGUUGGUGUUGAACCUUUUUGCUGCUGGAGUCAGUCUAGUUGAUGGAAAGCUGUACGUGAACAUCAGCGGGGAUAUCACCCUGGGAGGGUUGUUUCCUGUUCACAGGAAGGGAAGUGGUGGCCAGAGGUGCGGAAAAAUUCAGUGGGAGGAUGGCAUCCAGCCCCUCGAGGCGAUGCUCUACACGGUGCAACAGAUAAAUCAGGAUCCCAAACUUCUGCCGGGGAUCAAACUCGGAGCACUCGCCUUCGACUCUUGUGAUAAUGCUAAUUACGCACUCGAGCAGGCACUCAAUUUUGUCAAGGGUUUCAUAGCUCACGUGAAUGAAUUCCACGAGCAGGAAUUUCAGUGCUCAGACGGAAGUAUCCCAAGAUUUCGGGGCGGUGGUUUUGACAAAGUCGUUGCAGUACUUGCAGCACAGUCUAGUUCCAUAACACUGCAGGUUGCGGCGAUGCUACGUUUAUUCACGGUGCCUCAAAUAUCCUACAUGGCGACAAGCCCUUCACUGAGCAACAAAGAGCGAUAUCCCCAUUUCUACAGGACUGUACCAAGUGACGUAAAUCAGGCCCACGCCAUGUUAGCAAUAUUGAAGAGAUUCGAGUGGACUUAUGUGUCAGCGAUUUAUUCAGACACGGAAUACGGAAAUCAUGGGUAUGAAACACUUGUCUCGCUGGCGAACAAUUAUUCCAUCUGCUUCAGUGCACCUCAGAAAAUAGACAAGGAGCGCUUUACCGAUGAGGACUACAAGAACGUCAUUCGGACAAUCGCGAAUACGACUGAAGUUCGAGUCGUGGUGAUCUUCUCGGAGAGGAGCACGACUUUACGAGUGCUGGAGGCAGCACGAACCCUGGGAUUUGAAACGAAAUUCGUUUGGAUCGGCAGUGAUGCGUGGUCCAAUACCAAUCACCGUGAAUUCAUCAACACCUUCAAUCAGAACAAGGGUGAGGAGAAGGUGCUCGAGGGUGCUCUUGCUGUUCAGCCCUUGUCGAGGCAUCUCGCUGGAUUCGAUGACUACUUCAAGAGCCUUCGUCCCGAUCACCAAGCAAUUAAUCCUUGGUUCGGGGAAUUCUGGGAGGACUAUCACAGGUGCAAUCAAUCAGUCAAUGAUACGUCAUGCAGCGAAAGUGGCUACAAGCAGCAGAAGUUCCUCCACUUUGUACGCGAUGCUGUUUAUGCUAUAGCGCAUGCACUCCACGAUAUGCAGGUGAAUGUGUGCGGUAAAAAUCAUGUGGGUAUGUGCGACAAGAUGAGGCACAUUGAUGGUGACACUCUUUCGCUGUACUUGAAUGCGGUUACGUUUAAAGAUGAGGCGGGGAGUCCAUUCAGAUUCGUUAACAACGUCGACGGACCCUUGAGGUACUCUAUCCUGAAUUUUCAGAGGCACCACGAUGGAACGUACCACUGGCACGUUGUCGGCAAUUAUACACGAGGUGAUAAUGGAGAGCCGAUUCUGUACAUAAACUCAACCCUGAUGAAAUACAGAAGUCAGGGUGAGUUGGGCCGGAAGUUCUUUCCGAACUCGACGUGUUCGGAGACCUGUCUUCCACAUCAAGUGAAAGUCCGGGAAAAGGUGGACCCGUGCUGUUGGAGAUGCAGAAACUGUGGUCUGUAUCAGUGGAAAGUGGAUGAUCACAGAUGUGAGGACUGCGAAUGGGGAACUAGACCAAGUGGUGGUGGAAAAUUUUGCGCACCCAUCGACGAGGACUUCAUCGAUUACUCGAGUCCGUGGGCGGUCGGAACCAUGGCAGUAGCCAGCUGUGGAAUUUUAUUAACGAUAUUCGUCCUAUCGGUGUUCUGGAUCUACAGUGAUACACCAGUGAUAAAGGCGUCAGGUCGUGAAUUAUCGUCCCUCUUGCUGCUGGGGACUUUGGUGUCCUUCCUCAUGACAUUCGCGAUGGUCGCUGAACCGACUACAGAAACCUGUGCAAUCACUCGAUUCGGUAUUGGCCUGUGCUAUACCCUCUGCUACGCAGCCCUGGUAACCAAGACCAACAGGAUCCACAGGAUCUUCAACAAAAAAUGCCAGAGCCCCCACAAGCCCAGGUACACCAGCCCCAAGUCCCAGCUCUGCAUCACUGGAAUUUUAACUCUCGUUGAGGUGAUUAUAAAUGGAAUUUGGCUGCUACAAGUUCCACCAGGUAUUGCACAUUCAUAUCCCACGAGGGACUCAAGGCUGAGGAUCUGCAAGGGACUGGACGAUAGAUCUUACAUGGUGGGAUUGAUUUACCCAUUCAUGUUAAUCGUGGCCUGCACGAUAUACGCUAUUAAAACUCGAAAAUGUCCCGAGGGAUUCAACGAGACGCGCCACAUAGCAUUCACCAAUUACACAACGAUGGUCCUCUGGUUGGCAUUUGUACCGCUGUACCUCGCCUCGACGAAUAAUUCAAUUCGAGUCGUUACACUGGCCCUGUCCCUUUCACUGAGUGGUCUGGUACAACUUGGAUGCUCAUUCUUCCCAAAAGUUUACAUUGUCCUGAUGAAACCGGAGAAAAAUACCAAGGAACUCGUUAUGGCCCAGCACAGGAGCUCAUCAUACCUGGCGACUCCAUCAGCAACACCCAUCGUCGUACUCAAUGGUCAUGCUAUACAAUCCAGCAUGAGAGAGAGUCAGUCAUCCCUGCGGUCCUCUAGAGUCAGCAGCAAUGCUUCAAAUUUCUAUAAUUUGAAACCUCUGAUAAUCGACUCAGAUACUGGGUCAAUCGAAGGAACAACAGAGAACGCAAGUGACUCCGAGAUAAUAUCGUCCUAAAAGCAUCUAAAAUUAGCCUAAAUUCCGAUUACUGCACUGUCAAAAAAAAAAAUUCCUAAUGGAGUUUUCGACAAUGACUGUCUUCCUGCGAUUAAUUGAUCGAUAAAAUAAAGUUGACCCAUUCUACAGAACUAGAUUGAACGGAUUAAAAGCCUUCAGGACCAAAACUGAUCUGUUGAAUUGAAACAAACUGGAAAACAUAUCGUUAAAUUAAGAGAAAUUAUGAAUAUUAACGACGUAGAUGUUAAGAGAAUAAUUGUUCAAAAGCAUAUCGCGUACAUUGACCUAGUUGUAAUAACAAUUCACAAUUCAAUAUUUCACAAUGAUUAAGCGGGCUGUGUAAUUAAUUACAAAUGCGGGUAUUAUAAUAGAAUAUAUGGAGACAAACGCUUGGCAUUUUUCUUCAAUUCAAUCCUAGAAGUGUGGAAUAAUUAUUGUUCACUGGGGACUUCGUUCGUGUAGAUGUCAUUAUUAAACAAUUGGAAGCUUAAGUGGAAUAUUAAUGAGCGGCGAGGGGAGAGGAAUUUUAUAUUCAACAAGUAUACGACAUAUCUUAGUUGUUCUGUUCUCAUGUGCCUGAUUGUUAUAUUUCUUUUAUUUUAACGGAAUUGUAUAUAUUUGUACAUAUAUGUGGAGGAAAUAAACUAUAACAGCAUCAAAAUGAGUUCAGCAAUACAAUAAUACGUAUUAUAUUAAUAUUUUUAAAGAAUUUAAUUGCCAGAAAAAAUAUUUCAUCCUUCAAAAAUCUUUAUUACCAAAUAUAUACAAAAAAUUCCAAUAUUAUCAUCUCAACAAAUCACAAGUACAAUAUUCAAUAACUCUAUGAAGAAUUUCAUGUUAAAAUGAUCUAUUCAAUUCACACGACGUUUAAAUCCGAAUUACAUUUGAAAAUAAGUGCCACAGCGAAUUUUCCUGGUUUUAAUAACGCUUGACAUCAGAAGGCACUUAAUGACAAGGAAUAAAAAUAGAUUGAAAACUAUAAACUUAACUACUGGAACAUGAACUCACUGUACAACAACUUAUCGAGAUAAAUAUUAAUGUGAUGGUGAGUGGUAUAAUAUUUCCAUAAUGAAAUAACUCUUAUAAUUAACGGACGAUGAUCUAUACAAGCUCUGGAAACGAUCGAUCACAUCAAUAAUAAUAAAAUUACUCAAUACUAAAAAUGGAAUAUUCCAUUAUUUAAAAAAUGACAGAAGAAUAUUCUAUUUUAUAAAUUGAUUUUCCUUUGGAUGAACAACUGCUCAUGGAAUGCUUACUGAUAUUAAUUAUUCUAAUUAAAAAUAGCUUAUCAAUAAAAUUUCAAUGCUCACUGGCAAUCGAUGCAGGACGGAUGAAAUCAUUACCUCGUGGUCGAAUGAUUUUCAAUCGUCGGAAAGGCCGCGUUAAUUAAUUUCCGCACAACUACACCUUUCAUUCCAAUUUCCACUCGAUAAUCCAUUUAUUCUCGGUAUGAAUAUGAAAUUAACAAUGCAUAUCGCACGCACACGAUGAGCAUGCUUUUAUUACCCGGACGAUUUAAUUACUAUUCACAGUAAUUAACAAUAGUCAGUAUGAAUUGUUUUUGAUUGAAAUCACAGCAGACACUACUGCUGCGAUACUUAUAAUUAAUAGCUGCCAUGGGGCAAUUAAUAUCCUGGAUUCUGGAAGACGGAAGACCCAUCGGGUAAUACUUAAGUAACUGUGCAAUUAAUCUUGGAUUAUUUUCCUCGAUUGCUUUAAAGUACAUAUUAAAUUAUUCAAUACUAAUUGUAGAAUAGUUACAGUAAUUAGUCGGUCAGUUUCACCACGAAAACGGAGUAAUUAGUCAUUUUCUAAGUGCACGGAGAAUUUCUUGAGCAAUUUCUUUGUACAUUUGUUUUUUUUUUCAUUCGGUUCUUCAAUUUUUAUUGAGCAAAUUCUGCAAUCUCAAAAGUGAUAUUCCAAGAUUUUUUAUUAUUCAGUUUUGAAAUUGUGAAGUUCUGAUUGGAUUGGAUUUGUUUAAAAAAUUCAUAUAGUUAUUCAAUAAUUUUUUUCGAGUUGAGCUGAAAUUUGAGUUACUCCCGACUUCGUCUUCAUGUCACUCAAUUUUUUUUUUAUUUGCGGGAAUGAUUUGAGUUUUCUUACCGGGUUUUCAUGCGAAACGUAACCGACCUAUGCAAAGCCUGCAUUUAUUGCACUGCGUUUGCACUCAAGGCCUUUCAUGGACGGAAUGGCUGAUAAGGAUUUCGUUACACUUAAGAACUAAAAGUUGGCUCUGGAAAUUCAGAGCUCAUUAGCAAGUGCUGGGUAAACUAAGUCGAUAAGGGUGGAGUUAUGUUAAACCAUUCGAGAUAAAAUUAGCUUUCGCUGAAUUUACAGAGUAAUUAAUAGAUAGUUUAUAGAGUUGAGGGAUAAACGAUUGAUUGGAUUUAAUAUGAAUUAAGUCGCACAGCCGCACGGUUCACGAUUGCAGCGAACACACAUCCUAUCGUUA